AACGCCACCGAUCUACUUGUAUUUUUCAGUAGAAGAAGAAGCAAUCUUCCCGGCAUGCAGUUUGUCGCGCGAAUUUAGAUGUUUUGAGAUUAAAAUAGCACAGAAAAGUCUAUUUUGCUAUUACCAUUUAUCCGUAAUCAAAUUGUAAACUCCGUUGGACCACACACUAAGUAAAUGGAUGAUGACAAGCUCAGGAGACAGUAGUGGGACAAUCAAACCAGCUGAUCCCUUUGAAAACCUAUGGAGGCAACUUGGAGAAUGCCACCAAAAUGCACUUGAAGAAUUGGAAGCAAAAGUGAGCAAGUUAAAAAAAGACCGCUGUCUAGAUGCACAGAGGCUGGAGGUGUUUUACAAUCGUAAUCAGCACCUGAAGGAGCAAAACAAAACCCUGCAGGACACCAUCAGUCUCCUGGAGGAGCGGCUCCGAGCUGAAGAGUGUGACCGAUGCUCGGUCUUAGAGAAGAACCUGAAAAGCAGUCAGGAUCACAAUCUGCAGCUUAUCACCAAACUCAAGUCUCAGAGGAACAACCUGGAGGAGGAAAACAAAAAGCUUCGAGAUGAACUGCAGAAGUUAAAAGCAUCUUGUAUCAGUUCAGAGCCAAAGGAGGCCUCAUCCCCGGAGCAGGAAGAGGGCGUCAUCCCAGACUCUCCGAUCCUGCCGAGCCCACUGCCUGUGGCGAACAAACUAAAGAAACGGAAACAUAAUGAGAAAACGAAGCACGUUCGCUACGCAGAGACGCCUCUGCAGCGGUCUAACAACUCUCUCUUCCAAGAGUUAAACAAAGACCCUUCUGGAGCCACAAAGAAUCCUGGGAAAAGUGAAGUGCUUGUAGCCAACACUUGUGAACUGGAUGCAUCUCAAAUCUCAAAUGGAGAUGAGAACAUGGAGGGGGUGGUUGCAGAAACUUGUGCUUUUGAAAUACUUGAAAAGCCUCCAAUGAAAAAGGACCUGGCUGUAAAUCAGCAAAGUAUCACAAUAAGUCCCCUCAAGGUAACUUCGCCAGGCAUCUCUUUAAGGCCUUACUGCUGCUCUUCCUCCUCAUCCACACUGAAACACAGUCCAGGCUCGAUGGCGGACAGGUCUCCGUCCCUGCUCCCACUUGUCAAGCGAUUUUCAGAUGGCUCAAGCUGUAAGGCGAAGCGGAGGAAAGAGGAAAGUGAUCCGGAAAUGCCGGGAGGCAGCAAAGUAGUGGACAGACAUAAGAAAGACAAAAGCAUUCAACCUGAACUUAUCAAUGAAAGCCAAAGCUUAAAGAAGGAGCAGCUGGACAGGAAAGAUCAGUCAGCACAAAUGGGGCCUUCCAGCCUAAAGCUAAAUGUUUCAUCUAUAAGUCCUGCUUUCAAGAAGCCACACAGUAAAAUGAAAGGGGAUGGAGAUGGGAAGAGAAGAACUCUGCAGGAUCUGAAUGCUCCACACGACCAAGCUGAGGCAAAACACUCUGAGAGGAGGAACGCUGUGGAGCCAAUGUGGAGCGUUGACCCCACCCUCGCUCUGUCUAUGUACGACAGUGAGCAGAGAGAUGAGGAAAUGGAAGAACAGCAGCAUCAUGGAGACCUGGCGGACACCGACUGCACAUGGGUCAGCCACAGCAUGCUUCAGCGUGGAGGAGGCAUGAAAUCUGGACUAGGCAAGAAAGCAAAUGACAGUUUGGACAUGUUGUUUGACACAACAGCUUGUGGGGAGUACAAGUCUUACAACGCUUCACACUUAGACUCAAGUCAGCAUUGUGGUGAAGAUGAAAAUACAGAAGAGGAGAAAGAAGAAGAAGAAGAAGAGGAAGGUGAUGACUAUAAACAAGAUGCUCCAGACAACAGCCCACGCCAACACAAAGCUGGGAGGCCAACAUUUGCACAUGUGGCGGUAAUUCGCAAGAAAGAUGAGAGAAGAAAACUAAAGGGCACCACCUGCAAGGAGUGUGAUGUAUAUUACGCUCAUCUGCCAGAGGAAGAAAAACAGAAGAAGCUGUCUGCUUGUUCAAGGCAUCGUUUUCUGUAUAUUCCUCCCUGUACUCCAGAAAACUUCUGGGAAGUUGGAUUCCCAUCAACACAAACCUGCAUUGAGAGAGGUUACAUCAAGGAAGAGAAGAACCCUCAGUCACGUUUACGAAGACGACAGCCGUUAAAUGCUUUAUUCUCCCCAAAGCCAACCCAGAAGCCGAUCUAAAAACAUUCCUCUAAGUUUGGACUAUUAACAUGAAGAACAGGCUUGUUGCUGUUCAGCCUGCACAGGGUGGAGGAGGGUGGAUACAGUGACCUUAUAAAGAAUGCAGGUCAGCCGGGGGCAUGUCAUUCACUUUAACACCAUCUUUUCACUUCUUUGUGCUUUUUCUAGACACUGUGUUUGAGUAAUAAAACGUUUAAGACAUGUUUAUAGAGUUGGAAACUCAUGAACCUAAAAAUCAACCCUGGUACACUGAGAAAAGUUACAUCAGCCCUCUGAGAUGAGAGAAAAAAUUAAAGAAAACAUGCAAACAAAGGUUUUAUUUGGUCAGCAGCUUAUCAAAGAGCAAAGGAUUCACAAUAAUGUAAAAAAUAAUUUCAUCUGAAAUUUUGUUGUCAGAGAUGAGAGUCUCUGUCUGAAUAGACGAGCAGGGCCUCUCCGACAUGACUGAUGACCACAC